AUUCAGUUCUCCCAAAAAGGCUGUUCGUUGCUUUGGUGUGCGGCGUGGAGUGCAGUGCUGGCCAGCAAAGGCAGAUAUGCGCCGAGCAGCAACUUCAUGGUGGUGUCGUUGAGCGGUCGUCGGGACCCCCGGUCUCCCAUGUCGAUGGCGGAGCGCGUCGACCGGCUGGCCCUGACGCUGCUGGUAUGCGUCAUCUGCUGGCUGUGCGUCACGGCAUGGUCCGUCGCCUUCUCCUCCUGGCACAGCAGGCUCUACGCCAUACGCUACUUCUCCACGUUCGAGAGGACCUUCAGCUGGGCCAUUGUAGGACCAUAAGACGGCACAGACCACACCACCGCACAGCACAGCACAGCACAGCACACAAGAGAGUCAGCGAGGUCGAUCAGUUUGCAGACCUGUGUGUGGUGUGAUAUCUCUCUCUGCGCAGACACUGUGGCGUGUUCGGGCGGACAGGUCAACCAUAUUCCGGUUUGCUAAUGGCGACAGCGUCGACAGACUCAAGAAGGCGGUGAGCACAGGAGAGCAGAGGAUUGGCAGGCCUGUCAGCAGUGGGCGCACUGUGACUGCUGUCCUUUUGGGCUAUGCAGAUCUGUGAUGGCUACAUAUGGGGUCAGUUCAACGACAUCCCUCGCUGCCGUCAUGCCGCCCAGUUCCUCCGCGCCACCCACGAUCUGCUCGGCUGCCUGGGCACCGCCUCCCUGAUCAUCGCUGCCGCCUCGCUGAUGCUGGCCAGACAGGCCAAGUGGCACAAGGGCGGCCGGCGGCUGCCCAGCGCCCUCUGCCUGACGGCCUCGUUCACUUCCCUCACCGGCUGUGUGCUCUACCUGCAGCGGACUGAGAGCUUCAUGAUUGACGUCAACCAGUUCGACGAGCGGCGGUUUGCGGGCGUGUCGCGCGACUCGUGGGCGCUGGCCUUGGGGUGGCAUUCGGUGGUCAGCCUCUCGCUUGUCCUGGGCGUGGUCAGCCUGGUCGUCUGCACGUGCUUCCCCAGCCAGCCUUACGGCCAUGGCCACGAAGAGGGUGAGGGUGAGCAGGUUGUGGUGCGCCAUCACGGCGGCUUCUACACCCACGCACAUACGCACAGCAAUGGCGGCAGCACCCACAGCCACAGCCAGUGCGAGGACGGGCUGUCGUCAUUCCGACCCGCCGAGCACGAGUCGAUAUCGACGAUGCUGACUGACGUGGCUACCGUCGGCCACUCCCCCGCCCCGUUGCCCUCUCCUCCCCCCGCCCCCUCUCCUGUCCCCUCUCUCCCGCUACCAUCUCGCUCGGCAUUCGUCAGCGCGUCAGGCGAUAUGAGCAUCAUCGCGUGGACCGGCCGGGAGCGGCAGGCCGACAGCCAGUGGCACAGCGUCUCCCGGGGGGUGUCGUUGCAGCCUGUGAGGCGGGGGGAGGGCUGACGAAGGGGGGGAAACCAGUGUGGGCGCGGUGCGUGUGGUGCGUGUGGUGUGGUGGGCGCACUUUUGUCGUAACUUCGUUUUUUGGCCUGCUUUGUGCUUGCUUUGUGAUGCCCUCCCUCCCCCAACUCGUAUGUGUGUAUGGAUCGCAUGACGAGAUGGAUGGAUGAGUGGGUGUUUGCUGUGGGUCCGUCUAGUUUAUCAUUGUUUUUGGGCUCUCCUGUAAUCAUGCGCACGGGAGGCCCAUUCAUUCCCAAUUGCCCGAGCAAACGUCUUUCUCUCCCACCCUCUGUGUUUUGCCCUCGACUGCAUGCACGUGUGUCAAGCAAGACUACAGUCUGCACACGUGCUUGGAUGGCUUGCGUCUGUCUGUCUGUCCGUCUGUCUGUCUGAGUUGGGGUGCGUAUGUACAGCAGCUCGCUGCCGCCUGGCACAAAGGACAGAGAGAAGAGAAAAGGGCAGUCAGUUCAGAUUGACAGAGGUUGGCCAGCCAGCCUCCGACAGACAGAUGGAUCGGAUCUUCAUUCAAAGAGUCGUUUAGUUAGAUUGGUUGGUCGGCGGUGUGCAGGGAGGUAGAGUGGAAACUGGUGGAUGGAUGGGUGGAUUGACGGAUGGAUGAAUGAAGGGAGCAGCAGGUGUCGUGUGUGUCGUACAGAGAGAGGGUGGGGGUGGGGGUAUACAUAAGUUUCUGUGUACUUGUUUGUUUGUUUGUUCGCUCACUCACUCACUCACUCACUGUCCGUUUUGCUCACUUAUUGGUGACGUGACACCUAACAGACAGAUCACAUCCACACACAUACAGGCCAGGCAGCACAGGCACACAAGCAUACAGGCAGGCAGGCAGGCAACUCUGCCUUCCCCUGUCCUGUCUGCUGUGUGGUGAGUGAGUGAGUGAGUGGGUGCGUGGAUGGAUGGAUGGAUGAAGAAGUGUGUGUUGUAUAAACAUACCAACCAUACGCCCGGGCGUAUGGCUCUCUCUCAAUAAACUGCUGGCUGCGUGUACAAAAGCUGCCUGCCUGGAUUGGAUAUAUGUGUGUGGGCGGACUGGCUGACUGACACAGCGGUAGCGUGUGCGUGUGUGUGUGUGUGUGUGGCCACCAGGCCAUUUUGCGUCUGUCUGGUCCAUGUGUGUGAACGGUAGGUAGGUAAAUGUCGUUUUGAAGUCACCUUCCUGCCCUGUCUGUCUCGAUCGCCCUCCCUCUCCCCCUCUCCCCCUCUCCCCGUCCCUCUCUCGCUCUGUCCGUAGUCAGCUGGCUAUCGGCGGUCCAAACGAGCCGCCAUCGCAUAUAUCUUUCC